UCUACAUAGUGGGCUGUAGAUAUUUCUUCAACCGUGUUUCUAGACCAGAAAAAUGUUUAUGAUAAAAAACGAUAAAUCUGAUAAUAGUUAAUGUAUUAUAUUAUUUUGUUUACCAGGCUCAAAUGCUCAAUACCAGCGUUACUUAUCUAUUUUAAUUUUUAAAGCGUUUAGUCGUUUAGUGUUUACUAAAUAUUUUUACCGACCCGUCAGUUGUGGUUUUAAAAGUUUAAGAGUAUCGUUUGCCAGUAAAUUGGCAUGCCACCAAUUAUUGUUGACAGUAUAAUAUUGUUGCUAUUAAAAAAUAUAAUUUCUUUUGUAACUCUUCAAUUAGUUUGAAAACAGACAGUUUACGUAGACUUAUCCGUCAAAAAUUCAACAGCUUUUGUACCGCUAUACAGUUUCCAACUAGAAUUCAAUAUUAAGUACAUUUCAAAUACUAAAACAGCAGUCAUGAGUGACGACGAUAUUUGGCGUACUUCGAGUUUUCGACACAAUGUGGUCAAUAAAAUUGAUGAAGCUAUUGCCCAAUCAGGAAUGCCCACGUCAAAGAACAGUUUAGAAAUGGAGAAUCAUGUAUUCUUGAAAGCAAAAAGUAAAGAUGAGUACUUAAGCUUUGUUGCACGUUUAUUAUUACAUGUAGGUGGAAGAGAUAUGAGAGGUGGUAACCAAAUGAUGAAUAUGAACCAAAACCCUGGUCCUGUAAAUGCAACAACAUUGUUGCAGACAUUAAACAAUCGACCACAAACUCAAAAUAAAUUACCUGGUCAAAUGACAAUGGGACCGGGUCAAAUGAACCAAGGUCCACCAUUGAGACCUAGUGGGCCUAUGGGUCAAGGACCAAUGAUGCAGAAUUCUAAUGCAGGUCCUAUGGGCAAUCAAAUGGGUCAAGGGCCUCCUAUGCCUAUGUCUUCAGUCAUGGGUGGGCAACCAAUGCAGGGUAUGCCUGUACAAGGGAUGCCUGUACAGAGUAUGCCUGUACAAGGUAUGCCAGUACAGGGUAUGUCUGGGGUUGUUCCGGGUAAUAUGCCAUCAAAUACUAUGGGUCGAAUGCAACCAAGAAAAAUGCCUGUUGGUCCAGAAAAUGUGAUGAUGAUUCCUAAUCAGCCAGUGGUUGGAGGUUAUCCAGCAGGACCACCAAGGUCUGUAGCAAAUAAUCAAUUUCUUAGCCACAACAGUCCUUCUUCGCCUCAACAAUCUCCUGUUAAUGUUCUCCCGUCUGGUAAUCAAAUGAUCGGUUCACCAAGUGGUCCUCAACUAACUCCUGGAGGCCAAAUGAGUGGGCCUAUUAGAUCAAUUGGUAAUGUGCCAUCACCAGGUAAUUCUGUUCCAUCUUUAAAUACUCCUAUGAACCCUUCAUCUAAUGCUGGCCCAAGUCCUCUGGCUCAAGAAGACAUAGCAUAUAGAGAAAAAGUAAGGCAACUAAGCAAGUACAUUGAACCUUUACGAAAAAUGAUUGCACAUAUAGGGAAUGAAGACGUUGAGAAGUUAAGCAAGAUGAAAAAGCUUCUAGAAAUACUGUCAACUCCCACCCAAAGGAUGCCUCUGGAAACUUUAUUGAAAUGUGAAACUGCUUUGGAAAGAUUAGAUUUAAGCAGAGGAGAAGGUGGAAGUGUGCCUCCACCACAAUCAUCUACCAUGAGGGAGGUGCAUCCGUUAAUUGAAGUGAUUGGAUCAAUGAUACAAUCUCCAAACUUUAAUCACACACUCCAUAGAACAUUUGCCCCUUGUAUAGAAUUUAUGGUGGGCCAAAGACGACCUUUGUCACCACCACCUUAUGCAGGAAAUGAAAAUUCCAACGAAGUUCAAAGUAUCAUACCCAAAGCAUUAGAAGGUGAAAUUGCAAGACUCGAUCAACGUUUUAAGGUGUCUUUAGAUCCAGUUCGUCCAAGUGGAGUUUCUUGUAUCCGCCUGUUGUGUUGGUUGGAUGAUAAAAAUCUACCUUGCGUACCUCCGAUCAACAUAAUUGUUUAUGAGAAUUACCCCCCUGCAAAUCCUGCUUGUAUAAUUUCGUCCAACGACUAUGGUGGCACAUCAUUUCUCAUGUGUGUUAAAGAUGUCUUUGAAUCAAGGAUGAUGUUGAUGCCAGUCCGUUUUACAGUAUCUCAUAUACUUGACUCGUGGGAAAUGAGUGUUAGGCAAGCAGUAGCUCUUCUUCUUGAUAACAAAGAUUCUAUUGCCAAUAAUUGAACUUGGUAAACUUAUAUUUUCUGAACUCUAUAAAAUUAUGCUCAUUUUAUUUUGUUGUUAUUAUUUUAAUUACUUUUAUUUAUAUAAGCAGCAACCCUAUAUAUUAUGUAUUUUUAACAGUUAAUCAUUCUCUUAAAUUUAUUUUUAAUUGAUUUAGAGAAUAAAGAACAAAUAUGGGUAAAAAUAUAAUUAAUUAAUUAUCAAAACACUAUUUUACCAUAAAUAUUAGCAAAAUGUUAAAAUUCAACACAUUCUUUGUAUAAUCAUAUUGCAGGAAGUAAACUUCAAAUUUAUUAUUGUCAUAAUUAUUUUUUAUAAGUUAUUUUCUAUCACUUAAUGUCUUCUACUUUUGUAGUUAAACAUAGUUAAGGGUAAAACAAGAGAAAUUAUAUGUUUUAAGGUAACAUUUUAAGUUAUAGUGGUAUUGUUUUGUAUUAUAACAUUUGUUGUUAAUAUAAGCUAUUGUUUUCCCCAUAUUUGGAUCUCUUUUAUAAUAUAUUUAUUUAUUUUUCAAAAA